UUUAUUUUUCAGACUUCUAUAUUCCAAACAAUUCCAAUGGCAACACAAAAUCAUUCAGCAGCAGCCCGAUCCAAACCCAAGCAGCCAUCUAAAUCGCAAAUGGUUAUGGAACAACUUAAGGCUAGUAUGGAAGCUGAAAAACUUCGGGCAAAGAAGGAAAUACGUUCAAAAUUGGUUACUACACCUAAUAAAGGAGGAGGAGAAAAACGUGGAGACGAUGUCGGCAAAUCCAAAUCAACCACAAACGUUACAACAACUCGUGGCGAUGCAAUAACUCCAAGUCGUUCAGCAGAAACGAAUGCAUCAACACCAACUUCAACUUUAGGACGUCGCAAAGAAUUGGCAAAAUACCCUAGUAAUGACAACAGGAUGCCUAGGACAUUUCAACGAACAGUUACUAACAGCAACACACCUUCCAAACCUUUAUCGACUGGAAGAAACAUUAUUUCACGUCAAGUUUUGGGGUCUAAAGAGAACACGACAAAAGAAAAUCCUUCCUUAAAAACUCCAACAAAAAAUUCAACAAAAAUUAUUGCAAAUUUGGUUAAUAAGGAGGAUAUUGAGCAGAAACAAAAAUUGACUGAGCAACUCAAAGUAAUUGAGAGACUUGAAAAGGAAUUGAAAAAUGAGAAGAAAAUGGCCAAUUUCUUUGUUAUUUUGUGCAAAAAUUUUAAUGAAAAGAAUAUUAAUGCUCAAAAACAAGUCAAUAAAUUGGAGAAUUUAUUAGAGCAAAAUAAUUCAAACCAUGAAUUAGAAAUGCAAAAACAGGGAAUUCCUUCUAUUUUUUAUUAG